AUGUGCACCAGUAGCGAUAAUAGUGUUAAAACAAGGAAUGAUACGUCGAAGAAGAAUGUGGCAUCCGCACAAAAUUUAUUUAUGAAACCAUUAUUGCGGUUGAAACAGCAAGAACAUAUUCUUGAAAAAGGAUUAAUUAGUGCAAUUAAAAAUAUGAAAAUAGACUCGAAUUUAUUACAAGAUAUCACGCACGAACAUACAGAGUUAUCCUUAAGAAGACACAACUAUUUAAAUACAAUGUACAAAAAUAUAGAAAAUAUUAUUUCCGAUUUGGAUUCUGUAAAAAAUAUCGUUAAAAAUCCGGAAGAAAUUAAGAAAUUAGAUGUAAACAUGUACAAAUCAAAAUUGUUAAAACUUUCGCAAAAUAUGCAGGAUUUCAAAAAAUCUUAUCCCGUUCAAACUUUAAAAGAGGAAGGGGAUGCUUUAAAUGCUGAAUUUCAAGAAUGUAACUUCAAUUUGGAUAAGUACGAGAAAAAUGCAACGCACACGCCAUUAUUGUGUAAAAUUAAAACGGAAAAUAAAAAGGAAAAAAUAGAAUUUAAAGACGUGGAUGAUUUUCAUGGCCUUGUUGCGAUAACAGGUCACACGGAAAAUUGGACAUUGGAUGAUCACUUGUUUUUUCUAAAAAUGAGAAAGAAAUGCAAAAGCAUUCCAACUCUAGUUACAAUGAUUCAAAAAAAGUGUCCAGAUUUAACAGCUGAAACUAUAGUGAAUCACGAGGCAUGGUACAAACAUUAUCAAGAUUUGCGUGAAAGACAAAAGAUGGCGGUGAAGGAAUGGCGUCAACAAAAAGAAUUAGAGAAAAAAACAAAUAUCGAUGAAAUUGGGAAAGAAAUCGACCAUUGCCACGAAGAGGAAGAUUUCCAAAAUGAAAUUGUUGAAGAGAAAACGAUAAAAGUUUUUAAAAAGACAAGAUCAAGUCAUUCGGAAACUAUAAGCAGUGCAAGUUCGAACAAUAAUAAUAACGAGAAGAAAGAAUUGAUCAAAAAGUGGAAAAUUGAGAAGGAAAAUAAACGUUUUAUGGAUGAAGAACAGAUGAAAAUGCAAAUGAAGUUGAAGAAAGAAAGGGAAGAAAAUAGAAGAAAGAAACGCCAAGAAAAGAUUCAGGAAUCUUUGGAAGAAUACAAAAAGAAAAAAUCAAUGGAGAAUACUUUGAAAGAAAUGAAUAAAGUUAACAAAGAGAAAUGUAAAUAUAACGCAACUUUAAUUAGGGCGUUUAGGGAGCAGGAUAAAGAAUAUACUGAGAAAAGGAAAAAUUUAAUUCUACGUUCAAAGAAGCCAAAGAAAAGCGACUUGGUGGAUGUAAAAAAGGUGGAACUCGUUGAAACGCGAAAUUAUUCGACAUUGUUAAAUAGUACGAAAGUUUGGAGGGAGAAAUGUAAAAUCGACGAUUCAAAAAAGUAUUCGAACGAAUUUCAAUAUAUCAAGGAUAUCCCAAAAAUGUGUAUCCGAUGGAGGAACGAAGAAUCGGAGGAUCUAAAUGUCUAAUAAGAAAUAUACCGAUUAAAAAAUGUAAAAGACAUUAGUAUAAAUGAUCGUACGUAUUAUCGUAUAUGCCUAAUUUAUUGUACUCGUAAAAGUUUUAUCAUUUUUAUGGGUAACACGCUAACGCGACUCAAAGUACGUAUAAAUAUACAAUUUCUUUUCCACACGUGAAUUUUACAGAAUUUUCCUUUAAUUUUAAUUUUUUCUAAAACAAUAUUCAACAAUAAUCAUGCGAUUGAUCGAACGCAAACUUAAAAAUUACCUAAUUCCCUGUUUAAUUUAAUCAAAAAUACAAU